AGAGAGAGAGAGAGUCCGAAGAAAGCCAGAGCCUCUGUUCAAUUCAAACCAGAAAGUUUUUUUGAUUUUCUCUCUCAAAUUCAUCUGAUACUUCCCUAUUUUGAAACCCUAGCCACGGCGUCUUCCAACGUUGCCUGAAAUAAGCACUUCCGGUACUUUUGAAACUCGCUGUGGAUUUGUAUUUGUCUCCCAGAUGGCUGAUUCUACGCCGUUUCUUGUUGCAUCGGCUUGAGUUUCAUGUUGUUUUCAAUCGAAGAUCACUCGAAGUCCUACUUAAACGUUAAUUAAUUGCAAUCGAAGAAUUUAAAGGAUUUUGAGGAAAGAGGAAGAGAGAGAAAAUUGGUUGUUUAUUUGACGGAGGGCUCGAUUAUGGCUGCGGCGAAGGGUGGGUUAGAGAAGGUACGGAGAUGUGUGCGGACGAUAUAUUUCAUGGUGGUAAUGGUGGUGUCACUGCUGGUUCUAUCGGCUCCUGUUUUGGUAGCGAUUGGAGAUGUAUUGGUGCCCUGUGUGUUGAUUUCGAACUUUACGUGCGUGAGGUGUUACAAUUUCCAAGAACAUUUGCAUAGAUAUUCUUUCAGGAGUUCUCUAACAGAUAUUCCUCUCGUUUCGGUCGUCAGAUCUCUCAUUAUCACCUGUGUUUAUUCAAUGUGUGAUGGUCCUUCUCUCUCAAAUGGGCCAUAUCUCGGGACUGUGACUCUCUGUUCCUGUAUUUCAAUUCUUCUUCUUUCAGUUAAGGCAUGUGUUUUCACUGUCAAUUCUCAAAUUGAGGCUGAGGCUUCAUCUUCUCUCUCAAGGCAGAAGCUUCAUUUGAAAAAGUCAUGGGGGAUGCCUGUUUUGUUUCUCUCUUCUGUGGUCUUUGCUCUUGGGCAUACUGUCAUUGCUUAUAGAACGAGCUGCAAAUCACGUAGGAAGCUGUUGUUUCACCGAAUUGACCCAGAAGCAGUUCUUUGCUGCAAAACUGUUUUCUCUGGCUAUCAGAAGGUUCCACGAUCUCCCACUCCAUCUGCAGGGAAAACACCAAAAAGUGACAGUGAAAUGAGACGAAAACCUUCUGGGACAGGUCACUAUGAAGGGGAUCUCCCAGUGAGAUUACUUGCUGAUGUUGACAGCUUGUUCAUGGCUUGCCAAGGACUUACCCUUCACUACAAGCUUAGCAUGUCUGGUUCACUUCCUCAUUCCUUGUUUUCCACAACUUUUGACCAACCCUCACUAAAUAUUCUACCGAGAAGCCAAUAUCAUCUUCAGAGGAGCUUUAGUAAUCAAUUUCAUACCUCCUCUCUAUAUGCUCCACUAUUAGAGGGUUCUCCAACUUCUCCGAUAUUGUCUGAGGAAAUGCCUGUUUUGAGCCUAGAUGAAGUUGUUGAGGAGGCUGAAGCUACUAAAUUGAACUCUCCAACAAUGCAGGGAGAUUUGGAAGCAAAUCACCAAUUUGGCAUUGUUUUAGUGCAUGGUUUUGGAGGUGGAGUCUUUUCGUGGCGGCAUGUGAUGGGUACGCUGGCCCGACAGGUUGGUUGCACGGUUGCUACUUUUGAUCGACCUGGUUGGGGAUUGACUUCGAGGCCACGACGGAAGGACUGGGAGGAAAAUAAAUUGCCUAACCCUUACAAGCUCGAAAAUCAGGUUGACCUGCUUCUUUCUUUCUGUUCGGCGAUGGGCUUCUCUUCCGUUGUUCUUAUUGGUCAUGAUGAUGGGGGGUUGCUUGCACUGAAGGCUGCAGAAAGAGUGCAGACAUCGGCAAACUCCAUCAAUGUGAGUCAGCCUACUUCUUGUGGCAGUGAACUAGAGAUCUUUGAAUAAUGCAUUAGCACCAUGCAGUAUAGCUUUACCUGCAUAUAAACUCAAACUAUAACCACAUAAGCAUCCUCACCAUGCAUAGUGCAUGGUGCAAUUUCAGGUUAAAAGAGAUUUAUGGACCCUUAAAAAAUGUGCAUUGACCAAUUUAUGACCACA